GUGAAGCCGCUUUUUGGCUUCGGAGCUCCAAGCGAGAUAGAAGCCGGCACUGAGCAGCUUCUAGACGUUGAGGAGAGAGCGCAGGGGGACAUAAAGGAGGACGAGAAAGAGUGACACUGAUAAAGAAGAGAGGAUAGCUCCAUGCAGGAGGUGAAGAGUGAAAGAGAGACUGUAAUGAUGGCUGAGGCACCUCAGCACCAGCAUGAGCAGCAGCAGCAGCAGCAGGCGGAGGAGGAGGAGGAGCAGAAGCAGGAACAGGAGCAGAAGCAGGAGAAACCGAGUCCUGUGGAGGCGACUGAGCCGAGUGAAGUUUCUGAAGAGCCAAAGGAGCGAGUCCAGACGACCCCGACCCGACCUCUGCUGUCCAUGAGGUCCAUGAGCAGCGUUGACCCAGACGACGACUCCCCCAACAUGAUUGUCUACAGAAAGAUUGAAGACAUUGUCACUCGCAUCCAGGAUGAGACAGAGGGUGUUCCCAUCAGAACUGUCAAAAGCUUCAUGACCAAAAUCCCCAGCGUUGUCACAGGUACAGAUAUCGUACAGUGGCUGAUGAAGAACCUGUCCAUCGAGGAUCCAGCUGAGGCCAUGCACAUCGGGAGCCUCAUCGCAGCUCAGGGGUACUUCUUCCCUAUCUCAGACCACGUCCUCUCCCUCAAAGACGAUGGCACUUUCUAUCGCUUUCAGGCUCCGUAUUUCUGGCCGUCAAACUGUUGGGAGCCUGAAAACACAGACUACGCUAUCUACCUGUGCAAGCGGACCAUGCAGAAUAAGACCAGGCUGGAGCUGGCAGAUUAUGAGGCGGAGAACUUAGCCAGGCUGCAAAGAGCCUUUGCCAGGAAGUGGGAGUUUAUCUACAUGCAGGCUGAGGCCCAGGUCAAGAUCGACAGGAAAAAGGAUAAAACUGAGAGGAAGAUCCUUGACAGCCAGGAGAGAGCCUUCUGGGACGUCCACAGACCUGUGCCUGGAUGUGUUAACACCACAGAGAUGGACAUCAGAAAAUGUAGACGCAUGAAGAACCCUCAUAGAGUUAAAAAGUCCGUGUACGGUUUGGUGGAGGAGGGAACGCAGUCUCAGAGUCCCAUGCACACUCCCGCGCAUCAAUGCAGAAAAGGCACCAAGGAGGAUGUGGAGAAGGAGAUCUUAUUCCUGAACACCCAGCUAGAUCGCCACUGUAUGAAGAUGUCUAAGGUUGCUGAAAGUCUGAUAACCUACACUGAGCAGUACAUGGAGUAUGACCCGUUUGUGACUUCACCAGAACCGUCCAACCCCUGGACCAGCGAUGAUCCCUCCUUCUGGGAUCUGGAGGCCAGUAGGGAGCCCAGUCAGCAGAGGGUGAAGAAGUGGGGUUUCUCUCUGGAGGAGGCCCUGAAAGACCCCGCAGGACAGGAGCUCUUCCUCAAGUUCCUGGAGUCAGAGUUUAGCUCAGAAAACCUGCGGUUCUGGUUGGCGGUGCAGGACCUGAAGAGGAUGCCCCAGCAGGAAGUCGCACAGAGGGCGCAGGAAAUUUGGGCAGAGUUCCUGGCAGAGGGAGCACCCAGCUCCAUCAACCUGGACUCCCACAGCUAUGAACGCACCAGCCAGAACCUGAAAGACCCAGGGCGAUACAGCUAUGAGGACGCACAGGACCACAUCUACAAACUGAUGAAAAGUGACAGCUAUACACGCUUCUUGCGCUCCAACGUGUACCAGGACCUGCUUAUGGCAAGGAAGAAACCUGAAACGGAGCAGGGGCGACGCACCUCCCUGGAGAAGUUCACUCGCAGUGUGGGCAAGUCACUGACGGGCAAACGACUGACGGGCCUCAUGCAGUCAUCCUGACAAGGCCUGGAUCAAGAGUAGGAGGAACCAUCCCCAGAAGAGCUGCUUACCCCUAGGUCGCAGGCGGAAAAGGACCCUGGGGUGUUUAGGUGUGGCUGUGGGAGGCGGGUGAGGGGCACCAGAUGAGCCCAGACUGCUGGACCGGACCGCCGCCACGUUUGAAACUCCCCUCAGAUUAGUUCAAGAGGACUGACAGCAUGCAAUAAGUCACCAGACCUGACAUCAGGACAGUGCUGUCACAGUGUAGAGGAUAAACAAUGCUACUCUUCUUAGGAGGUUUCCACUCAAAAGGCUGCACCUCACCAGCCUCUGUUGUUUCUCUCUAUCUACUAUCUACACUCAUGUUAACAUGGUAGCUGAAGAGGCUAUCACUUUACUUUUGGUGAUAUAAACAUGGAAUGCUUGAAUGCCUUGACUGAUGUCAAAAAGAGACUUAAAUUAAUGCUGUAGCUAGCUGUUUUAUCUCACAUCAUUCACUAGGAUGAUAUAAGGGAAAGAGGGAUGGAGGGGCUUACAGUAAACAUCUGCUCACUCUUCACAGGGAUGGCAGUCAGACUGCUGGCUUUAAUGGUGAAACAGGUGGAGAAGUUACACACUUCUUAGUAAACGAGCUUUUUGAUCAAGCUACUGCUCUGGGAUGACGCAAAAUUAACAACCUCUGGGUGGUUUGGUUUGUUACGAUGUGUGUUCACAUUUCAUUUAAUAAUACUAUAAACUAAUGUAUGUUUUUAUGCUUAAUUACAGAUUGAUUAAAACUACAGAUGAAAACUUGUAUAUUUUCUCCUGUAAACA